UGUUUUUCGCGCUGGCUAAAAAUGUCUGGCGAAGAUGUGGACGAAAAGCGAGAGCAGCUUUGUCUCUUUGUGGCCGCCAGCAGGAAGCGUCUGCACGCCAUCCUGAAGCGCUUCGGUUGGAGCGAGCGGGGGGUGAUGGAGGCGAGUGACCACAUCCUGCAAGACAAGGACGGCGCAACUGCAUCGGAGGUGUUGCCAUUGCCGGCCUCCUGCAGCAAAGAUCCCGCCUUUAGCAUCCAGCUCGAUGACUCGACCAUUCAGGGCAUUGUCGGAACCGGGGGAGCACGACGCCUCCCGCUCCCUGCUGUCUCCUUUGAUGAUUUGCAGGCAGGACUCGACGCGAGUGAGCGGCUACUCAUAUACGAGCACGUUCUACAGCACACCAAGAAGCACCCGCAGUUCCAGGACAACGCCGCCUUCACCGAGGUGGUGGGCGAGACCCGGCGGGAGCGAAAGAAGCAGCGGCGCCACCGCAAGAGCAAGCCCACGCUCAACGAGGAGCUGAACCAGCUGGUCGGCCUGCAGAUGCAGGCGCUGGAGAGGCAGUGGCAACAGGAACACGACGCGCGGCUCCAGAAGCACCGCGGACGGCACAAUGAGCAAACACAGCACAGGGCGGUGACGGAGCGGCACCAGGAGCACAAGGGACGGCACGAUGAGCCAGUGGAGCGGUUUCGGGAGCACCGAGGGCGGCCCACUGGGCAAACGCAGCACAGGGAGCGGCAUAAUCAGCAAACGGAGCGGCUUGAGGAGCACAAGGACCGAGGCCAGCGGCAGGUGCAUCGAGUCUGGCGCCACGAGCACCGGGAUUGGCACAAGCAUCAUAGUGGGAGCCGGCAGAGAAGCCGCAGUCGGAGUCGAAGCAGGGAACGCGGCCUGGAGAAGCAGUGCCAUGGAGACAGGCGUCGCGAGGAGCGAGAGCCACGCGGACAUCACCACAAGAAGCAUCGCUCCCACACCUUUCGUCACUAGAGGCGCAUGUGAUUCACUCGCCUUCCACUGGCAUCGAAACUGGCGGCCAUUACAUGGUGCUGU